UUUUUGUAGUUGGCCUCCUUUGCUUGAAUCUGCAGCAUGGGGAAAGUUAGACCUGUGGGCAGGGCAGAGGGAAGUUCUCCCUUGGCUGCUGUCUUGCACACGUGAGUCUGGAGAAGUGUGUCCUCAAUGCAGUGGUGGCUUUAUUGUUCUCCCUAGCUGUCCUCUGGCUCCUGUCCAUGUGGCUAGAGAGAGGGACUGGCUAGUGACACCAAGGAUCCUGAAAGCCACCCUCUGAUUACUGAAUCUGGUUUUUAGUGGCUUGGAGCAUGGAUUGUGCACCAGAGUGGGAAGGCAGGGAGGAAAACACAGAAAAUGCACCUAAUCCGCUGGAAUACUUCACGAGAAAGGGUUUAAAGCAGCUGUACCAGGACCAGCUGCUCUGUGAUGCCACCAUAGUGGCUGAGGGAAAGAGGUUCCCAUGUCACAGGUUGCUGAUGGCAGCUGUCAGCCCUUACUUCAAGGGCAUCUUUACCAGCUCCUUCAAGGAAUCCCAGGAUGGAGAAGUUGUGCUUCAGGACAUGGCCUCUUCCAUUGUGCAAACCAUACUGAUCUAUUUGUACACGGGAGAGAUCUCUCUUACUAAAGAGUCUGCCCAGGGGCUGUUUGUAGCAGCCAGCAGGCUUCAGGUUCUCCCCCUGCUGGAGAUCUGCUCCAGGUUCCUUGUGAAGAAUGUUGCCAUUGAGAACUGUCUUGUGUAUUAUGCGCUGGCUUACGCACACAACGAUCAAGCUCUGCUUGGUGUCGCCAUGAACCUCGUUACCACAAACUUUGGGCACCUCUCCAAGGAGGAGGAUGACUUCUUACAUCUGGACCUCAGCACUCUGGUCAGCAUAAUCUCUUUGGAUGGCCUCGUGGUGGCUUCUGAGCUGGUUAUCUACCAGGCUGUGAAACGCUGGGUAAGGUUUCAAACAACUGAGCGUAGCCUUCUCAUUGGUGAGCUGAUGAAGCACAUCCGCUUCCCACUCCUUAGCCAGGAUGAUGUCCGGGAGGUCCAGUCAGACUGGGAACACUGUCUGGAUGUUCAGAUGUGGCAGAAGAAGCUGGACAGUAUAGAUGGACCGUUUGAUUCUAGGGCACUCAGGCAGGGAAUGUACGACAAGUGUAUUGUGUGCGUGAGUCUGUCCAGGUGGAUAAGCAAAUGGAUGGAAAAUGAGGAAUUCCAUGUGUGCUAUUUUGACCCUCGAAAAGAGAACUGGGAAAAGCUGCCAGCUUUGAAUUGCCUCUACUCUCCAGCCUGCGUGGCAGUAGGUGACAAGCUGUAUGUAUCCGGAGGCACCCUUAGGGACAAAUCUCACUCAGCUGCCCUUCACAAAUAUGACUUCUUUAAAGGCCGGUGGUUACAUCUGCCUCCCAUGUCGGUACCUCGUGCUUCACAUGGGUUUUUAGCUUGUAACCAGAAGCUUUAUGCUUUGGGAGGCUGUUGUGGGUUUGAAGAUUACCUUGAUUCUGCAGAGUGCUUUGACUUGAUGGAGAAGACCUGGACUCCCAUCUCUAGGCUGCCGUUUGCUCUGAGCUGUUCCGCCUCUGCUGCGCUCAAGGACAAACUUUACUUAAUAGGUGGGGAGAGAAACUACUUGUUCCCAGAGAUGUAUAAGGGGGUUCUGAUUUAUGACAUUAACUCUGGCAUAUGGACACAGGUUCCUCUGGCUGUAGAGUGCUGCUCUGCAGGUGCUGUUCCCAUGAAUAAUGGGAUCUAUGUCAUUGGUGGCUAUGCCAAGGAAAGAAUGAGACACCUUCCUGUUAGGUCCCCUUCUCCAGGAGUUAUUUGUGGCUCUGCUCUGUGUUUCUUCAUCAGCGAGGAUGGCAGAAUGGACGAGGAUGUUUUUGUUCCAGAGUUGCCAAGAGGAAUUGCUGGUGCUGGUGUGGUGCAGUGGGAGAGGAGAAUCUAUGUGCUGGGAGGGGAGAACUGCUGGGUAUAUACUAACCCCAAUGUACAUAAUGAAAGUCCGGGCACAUAUUAUGACACCAUUUACUUUUGGGAACCCAGUGACCUCACCUGGACUGAAUGCCCAGAAAACCUCCCUAUCAUUGCUGAUGGAGUAAGUGGGUUUGGGUGUGUGACGAUGAAGAUACCAAAAAAACACAUUCUCGCCCUCUUGUCCUAAAGGGGACAGUACACGUGCGGCUACUCAUCAGGUGCACAUAUAGCUGCUGUUAAUGUUUUCUAAAGCCUAUACCUCACAGGGCUGUCUGCAGGGGAAAACCACAAGAAUAUCUGUCUUGUCUUAGCCUAACCAUAGAUUUUUAACCUGAAAUACAAGGGACAGCAUUUGAAACUGACACUUGAUUCAACCAAUAGUAUGUGAGAAUGGAAACCCAGUAACUAUCUUUACAUGCCUUAAAACUUCAUGCUGACCCAUUUUAUUCCCAAAAGUUGACCAGCCUCCCUUUUCUUUGCUAUGAAGUCUUGGUAGCUGGGGAUGGUCACUGCUGGGAUAUAUGAUGAUGACUCAAACUACCUGCAGCUAAUAUUUUAAGUAUUGUAUGAGUGAAGAUUCCCUUCCUUCCACACUUGCUGCUUAAACGUGUUUUAACUGCAUAUUUAUUGAUGUCUGGCAGGGUUUUAUCUUUGACACUCUGGGGUUCU